AUUAGUUCUGUGUAAUCAGUAAACAUUCGGCAUACCUAACUCAUUCAUUGUAGUGAAAAUCAUACUGAAAAAAGUGUCGUUCCAUUCGAUAUUCUUUGAAAAAUAUUUUCAUAUACGAAAUUAGACUUUUGGUUGUGCUAAGGAAAAAUAAGACGACUUGUUCGCUUACUUGAUAUUAUCGCAAAGGUAUUUCUUUGUACCGCAGCAUAUCCAAUCAGGCAGGAAAAAAACAUCACACACAAACGCAUCUCAAACAGCUCACCACAAUCAACAUCCCGAAAGCCAUCAGUCUGGAUAAGUUCUCUGAAAUAUGCCUCGCACCUCAGUCAUUGUUUAGCGCUCAGCGACAUCACAAGCAUUUUCGCGUGGAAGAUACUAUACGCGCCACGAACGGUGAAUGAAAGUCCUAAAUAAACUACUAAAAAUAUAGUUGCAUAUCUCGCGUCAGCACAAAAGUGUGUUUGUAAACCACGAAGCAAAACAAAGCCAACGGUGUUGGAUUAACUGAGCCAAUUGGUCGAGUACAAGUGCGGCAGCAAUACCGAAAUUGAAUUAUUAGUCACUCGAUACUGUGGUUACUAUAACGGUGGAAAUGGCGCAUCAGGUCCAGCAGGUUUUCAAAACGGCACUCAAGGUCACGGGCCCAGCAAGGUCGAUGUCAACCGGAGUGAUGGGAUCGAUUGAUGCUCACGUAACGCCAGUACGCUCCCAAAACAUCCAUCUCUCAGUCCAGCGUGACUAUCCCGCAGCCGCAGCUUUACCUCUACCAGCCAACAUAGAUCCAACCGAAACGACCCGCUUCUCACCGCAACGUACACGAGAUAUCAACUCGAACGCCAUUCUGACUCACCAGUCUUCCUACGUGGCAAACCAUAUCGACGUUACGGUGGACAACUCUAGCUUCGUCGAUCCACAUGUGGAAUCAUACGAUUGCCGAGGCGCGGUCAGUCUUAACUCCGCUAUGCAAAGCAACGUUCCAAGCCCAUUCGGAGGAAUGCACAAAUUCACGCACCUCAAUAUGCCAGGUGGUGGAUGGGCUCAGGAGGGCAAAUUUCUAGCACAGGAUUUGCAAUCGUCCCACUAUACAAAUCUACGCCAACAAGUGCGCUCGGGUUGGUCCAAAUACGAGGACAGGCCACAGAAAGGUACAUCUGGCAUGCUUGAUUGCUCUAACAAACUUAUGCUCAAGCAGAUUGUUACAACAUUUAGCAAUAACGGUAGUAUUAGGAACUUUUCAUUAAACCAUAAAUUAUUGGCACAAGAAACUACAAAAGACACUAAACAAACGACUGAGGAACAGGCAUCCACUACGGUGGCAGGAUCGUCAGCCACAGUUCCUCUGACUCGCAAGGAACAACUCAAGAAAGCGUUCAAGGAGUAUGGAUCCACCGUGAUCGUGUUUCACGUAGGGAUCAGCCUCGUUUCCUUGGGUUCUUGUUAUCUUUUGGUCUCUAGCGGAAUAGAUAUGGUAGCCCUGAUGGAACGCUUCGGUUGGGGUGAUUCGGCACUCGCAAGCAAAGCAGGUGCCGGCGCCAGCACGUUUGUAAUAGCUUAUGCAAUACACAAAGUAUUUGCACCGGUUAGAAUUAGCAUAACCCUAGGCGCUACACCAUUCAUUGUACGGAUGCUACGUAAACGGUUUGGACAGAAGUAGAGUGAGACAAUAACAAGUAAUAUUACAAUUUUUUUCUAUUAGAAAUUAAAAAAAAAAUAGUUUUAUAUGCUUUGCAGCAUUUAAAACAGAUUGUGGAACGACGGAGCUCAUUAUAAUGUUAGGGGCUUGAUUCAUAUGAAGCAAUAAAAUAUAUUUUUGAUUA